CCUCUGUGUCGUCCUCUUCCUCUUGACCUCAGCCCUCCCGUGAGGCGGCAGCGGGGGCGCAGGGACCGGCUGUCCAGGCACAGCGCCGUCGGGCAGGACGAGAACUUCCACCACCUGCCCUACGGCCAGCCCCCUAGCCUGGAGGAGCCCCGCGCCUUCCACCCCCCCAACAUGUCCCCUCGGCUCCUGCACCCCGCCGCCCACCCGCCCCAGCAGAGCGCCGUCAUGGUGGACAUCCACGACCAGAUUCACCAGGGUACCGUGCCCGUGUCGUAUACCGUGACCACAGUGGCGCCUCACGGCAUCCCCCUGUGCACGGGCCAGCACACGCAGCAGGUCCCGGGCUGCUCGGUGGUCUUCAGCGGGCAGCACUAUCCCGUGUGCAGCGUCCCACCCCCGAUGCUGCAGGCAUGCUCUGUUCAGCACCUGCCCGUUCCCUAUGCAUUCCCGUCUCUGAUCUCCAGCGACCCCUUCCUAAUACACCCCCCCCACCUCUCACACCACCCACCCCACCUCCCUCCCCCCGGCCAGUUCGUCCCCUUCCAGACCCAGCAGUCCCGAUCGCCACUACAAAGGAUAGAGAACGAGGUGGAGCUCCUGGGUGACCACCUGUCAGUGGGGGGAGGGUUCAACUACCCUCAUUCUUCACACCCCACCAGCCUGCCCCCUUCCACACCGCUCCAGUUCCUAUCCCACGACCCCCUGCAUCAAGAGCUGUUCGGAGUUCCUUAUCCACAUUUCAUGCCUCGACGCAUCACUGGGCGCAGAUAUCGAUCCCAGCAGCCUUUGCCCCCUCCACCUUAUCACCCCAGCUUCCUGCCAUACUUCCUCUCAAUGCUUCCAGUACAGCCCACAGUGGGACCAGCCAUUAGUCUAGAGCUUGAUGUGGAUGAUGGUGAAGUAGAAAAUUAUGAGGCCUUGCUGAACCUGGCGGAGCGUCUUGGAGAAGCCAAACCCCGAGGCUUGAUGAAAGCCGAUAUUGAACAGCUUCCAUCUUAUCGGUUCAACCCCAACAACCACCAGUCCGAGCAGACCUUGUGUGUUGUCUGUAUGUGUGACUUUGAGUCCAGACAACUACUUCGAGUCCUACCGUGUAACCACGAAUUCCACGCCAAGUGUGUUGACAAAUGGCUGAAGGCGAACCGCACCUGCCCUAUCUGCCGGGCCGACGCCUCCGAGGUUCACCGGGAUUCGGAAUGACCGGAGCAAUGGCACGGCUCCCGUUCGGAUCUCCCCGUUCAAAUGUAUAUACAGACUCUUUUACAUUGCCUCCAUCCCCCUACUCCGUAUUUUCGUUUUUAUUUUAUUUUUCAUUUUCUGGCUUCCAGUUCUCCCUUUUUACACAAGGGUCAGUGAACCUUCCUUUGCACUGUGUGACUUUGAGUUAUAUAUCUUAUAUAUAUAUACUAGUCUUCAGAAUUACAAAUUGCGGGAUUGUUAUACUAACUGUGUGAUUGAAACUCCAAAGAUUAUUUUUGUUUCUUUCCUGUUGCAUCUUUUUUUUUACGUUAAUUUGUUUUUUUUUGGAUUUGUGUGCACUAACAUUCCCUGGUUUUCGUGUGAGCAUUCCGAGUUUUGAGCGUUGCUGUAAAAGAUUACAAUGGAGGUGGUCUUUGAGCAUGUGCUUUUUAUAUAUGGAAAAAAAAAUGUUUAAAAAAAUAAUAAAAAUGUCUAUAUAUUAAGAAGGAACAAAACUGGGAGCUUGAAACAAUACAGCGAUGUAUACUAUGGAAUGAGAAAACUGUGAGUGGAGUGCGUAUGUGUAUAUGCGAGUGAUAUGCGUCUGUGAGUAACUGCCUCACAUUCCUUUGUGUUUCUUUCUGGGCUGGCAGGAUGGUGAGAGACAAGGUGUCUCUGCGUGCGUUAAGAAGUGUGUGUGUGCGCGACCAUGCUUUAUUAAGGAGCAACGCAUAAUCCUGUGAUAUUUAUACAGUACUAGUACAGUACACUGGUCUUUAUCUUGUUUUGUUCCGUUUCUCUCAAAUGUUUUGCACACCGAAUGCUAAUGGCGAAGGCAUGGAAUUAAGAAGUGAAUUUUUAGCCUCAUCGGGAAACUUUCUAUUGCAAAUGCAUGAUGUUUUUAUCUUCGCCGUUAUAUCACAACUUUUGUUGGAGAAAAAAACAAUUGCUCAAGGAAUGUAAAGAGCAUUUUUUCUUUUUUUCCCCCCCUCCAUACAAAGUUUGCUCUCCAGCUGAACGGAUGUCUUAAAACUUCCCUUUGCAACACAGUGCAUUCUGGGAUUGCUCAGACCGUGUUUGGUUUCAAGGGCUCAAACUCUCAAUGACCAGUGCUGAAGAAAUCAGGGUGUUGGGAAGGCACCACUAUCCGCAAUGUGACUUAUUGUAUGUCUGUGAUUUUAUAAACUUCUUUUUUGCUGUUUUGGCUGUCUCUUCUUACCCAUGAGGUUCUUUUGGCACAGGCCUCAGAUCUUUUUUUAGGCUUAGGCGUCCACAUCGCGUGUAAAAUCGGAACCUUGUCCCAGUAAAACACUAGGAGGAAUCAAUAGGUUUGGUUUCUCAAACAUAUAAUUCCAGCCAAUGCAUGCGAAUCACUGAGGGCUGUUAUUGCCCUAUCCCAUAUGCCAAAGCCGGAGUCUUAUCACAAGAUGAUUGUCACGUUUAUAGUGAAUCAGUUUGUUUGCAACCAGCUGCAUUAUGUGAUGAGCAGUGAGGUACUUGAACACAGAUUCUCCAGAAUUCUGUAGCGCCUGCAUUUUCACAUCUCCAUUAAAGAUGAUAUUGUCAAGGACCACUUUUCAAUGACAGAAGGGCUAAAAUAUAUAUACUGUAUAUAGAAAAGUAGCAAAUCAUUUUUCUUUGAAUAACACAACUGAUGUCUUUUGUGCGUCAUUAUUUGACAUUGAAGUGCAGAAUUCUGGAGAGGCUGCACAGAGGUUGGAAAAAUGUUUGGGUAUUGUAAACAAUAUGGAAUAUUUACCCUGGGGUAACCUAGUAAUGUAAUGUGCUAUUAAGGGCUACCCACUGUGAUUUAGUAUGAAGACCUGUACUACUUAUGGCAUAUGGACUAAAGUAGGAACAUUUAAGUACAGUACCUACAAAACCUUUCUUAGAAAUUAGUGUUAAAGAGCUCUGGUCAGAGUUCACUUUUAGAUUGGUGAUGGGAUGGUCUUAUCAGUUUUUUUUGUCUGUAACUGUGUAUGUAAUUAUUUUACCAUCAUGUCGAUUGAAUACAAAUGUUAAUGCAAAUAUAUUUAAUUAUUGCUAA